ACGUCGUGUGCGCUGCUCUUCAUGUGGUGCUCAAACGAAAACAUCUGAGAGGUGUAUUUUGAAGAUCGUACGCGGAUACAGCCGGAGCAUGAAGGUUUCUGUGGCAGCUGAUCUGUCCGAACAACACAAUUCAACCUGUGGAUAGUGUGGAGUGCGUCUUGUGGCCACCGGCCAGUCUAGCCUAUCUGGGACGCUCUGCCUGUCUGUGCGCGUCUCUCUCUCUCUCUCCCCCUCUCUCUCUCUCUGCCUUUCUCUCUCCCUCUCUUUUUAUUUGUUAAACCGUUGGCUCCGGUCCGUGUCGGCGUGGGAUCCGGUGUUCCGUUUGACCUCAGCUGUGAGCAGGUAUUCAGUUUAUGAAUGGCACUGACAUGGAGGAAAUACCGUUUCAGAAAGUCAAAACCAGGCGGAAGAGAAGUCACUGUCCACCGGGCGUCCCCCUGACCACCAUCGCGUGCGAGGACGAGUUCGACUGCAAGGAGCUCGAGUCCCUGUUCCAGAACUACAACCUGAAGCUGGAGCAGACGUCCACUCUCAAAGCCCUGGCCGUGCUCAUCUUCAUGUCCUCGACGCUGGCCGUGGUGGAGUUGCUGUCCGGCCCCAGCCUCACCAUCUCCAAGGGGUCCCAUCCGGUCCACUGUGUCAUCUUCGUCUCCCUGUUCAUCGUAACUAAUGUCAAGUACCUGCAAGUGACUCAGCUCCAACAGAUUGUCAACCUGACGCUGCUCUUUGGCUUCACUUUCUCUUUCCUCUGCUGUCCCUUCUCGCUGGGCGCGAUGGGGAUGGAGCCCCCGACGUCCCCGGAGCAAGGCAUGUGGCAGCUCAUCCUGGUCACCUUCGUCGCCUAUGCGCUCCUGCCGGUGCGGACACUGUUGGCCGUUGUGCUGGGAAUAAUGGUCUCCAUCUCGCAUCUGAUUGUGACUGCCACUUCUGUCACAGUGAAAACGCAGAAACUGUGGAGAACGUUGGUUGCCAACACAGUGCUGUUCACCAGUGUCAACCUGUCAGGGCUGUUUGUGCGCAUCCUGACAGAACGAGCCCAGAGGAAGGCCUUCCUGCAGGCUCGCAACUGUAUUGAAGAGAGGCUCCGUAUGGAGGAUGAGAACGAGAAACAGGAGCGCCUGCUAAUGAGUCUGUUGCCCAGGAACGUAGCUAUGGAGAUGAAAGAGGAUUUCCUGAAGCCCCCUGAAAGGAUCUUUCACAAAAUCUACAUCCAGCGCCAUGACAAUGUCAGCAUCCUGUUUGCAGAUAUAGUCGGUUUUACCAGCCUGGCCUCCCAGUGCACAGCCCAGGAACUGGUUAAACUGCUAAAUGAGCUGUUUGGAAAGUUUGAUGAGCUUGCCACGGAGAACCACUGUCGCAGGAUUAAGAUCCUGGGGGAUUGUUACUACUGUGUGUCUGGACUGACCCAACCCAAGACUGACCAUGCCCACUGCUGUGUAGAAAUGGGUCUGGAUAUGAUUGACACCAUAACGUCAGUAGCGGAGGCCACAGAGGUCAACCUAAACAUGCGCGUAGGCUUGCAUACAGGUCGGGUGCUGUGUGGAGUGCUGGGCCUCAGGAAAUGGCAAUAUGAUGUGUGGUCCAAUGAUGUGACCCUAGCCAAUGUGAUGGAGGCUGGAGGACUACCUGGUAAAGUCCACAUCACCAGAUCUACGCUGGAGUGCCUAAAUGGAGAUUAUGAGGUGGAGCCUGGAAACGGACACGAAAGGAACGCCUUCCUCCAAAAACAUGAAAUUGAAACCUUCUUUAUUGUGCCAUCUCACCGACGGAAGAUAUUCCCAGGAUUGAUUCUUUCGGAUAUAAAGCCCGCCAAAAAGAUGAAGUUCAAAACUGUGUGCUACUUACUAGUGCAGCUUAUGCACUGCAGGAAGAUGUUCAAGGCUGAGAUUCCGUUCUCCAAUGUCAUGAACUGCGAGGACGGUGAUAAGCGGAGGGCCAUGCGGACGGCUCCACAGAAGCUGAGGAAUCGUUCCAACACAAACCAGGCUAAUCUGAUCCAGAGCAGCCCCAGAACCCGGGUCAACCGCUACAUCGGCCGCCUGAUCGAGGCCCGCCAGACUGAGUCAGACACGGCGGACCUCAACUUUCUCACACUCAUGUAUAAGUGCUCUGAGCGUGAGCAGAGGUACCACCAGCUUCCUGAUGAGUACUUCACCAGCGCAGUGGUCCUCUCUCUGAUCCUAGCUGCCUUGUUUGGCCUUGUCUAUCUUCUCAUCAUACCACAGGGCACAGUGGUACUAGUCCUUCUCGUCUUCUGCAUCUGUUUCCUAGUAGCUUGUAUCAUGUACCUGCAUAUCACUAGAGUACAGUGUUUUCCAGGGUGCCUGACCAUUCAGAUUCGCACUGCUCUCUGUAUUUUCAUAGUGCUCUUAAUCUACGCUGUGGCCCAGGCCUGCGUGGUGGGCUGUAUGCCCUGGUUGUGGAGUAGUGCCAACACCAACAGCUCCAUCGUCAUCAUUGAUGUGGACAGCGGCGCCAACCACACCAUGGCUGAGCUGCCUUGUGAUGGCGCCCGUUACGCCUUUCUGUCCUGUGUGGUGGGCACCCUUACCCUGGCACUUUUCCUGCGGGUCUCCUGGCUGCCAAAGAUGGCGCUAAUGCUCCUUCUGGGGGUGCUGUAUGUGACCGUGUUGGAGCUCAGCGGCUUUCGCAAGACUGCAGGUGGGGGGUCCUUCCACAUCCGGGGCUAUGAGCCCAUCCUGUCUCUGUUGCUCUUUGUCAGUGCCCUGGCCCUCCACUCCCGGCAACUUGACCUCAAACUCCGCUUGGACUUCCUAUGGGCUGUGCAGGCGGAAGAGGAGAGGGAUGGCAUGGAGAAAGUCAAGCUGGACAACAGGAGGAUUCUCUUCAAUCUUCUACCUGCACACGUGGCUCAACACUUCCUAAUGUCGAACCCCAGGAAUAUGGAUCUAUACUAUCAGUCUUACGCACAAGUUGGUGUCCUGUUUGCCUCAAUCCCAAACUUCAAUGAUUUCUACAUCGAGCUGGAUGGCAACAACAUGGGAGUGGAGUGCCUGAGACUGUUGAAUGAGAUCAUCGCCGACUUUGACGAGCUCAUGGAUAAGGAGUGCUACAAAGACAUAGAGAAAAUCAAAACCAUUGGCAGUACAUACAUGGCAGCUGUGGGCCUCGUCCCCACCAUUGGUACCAAGGCCAAAAAAUCUGUUUACGACCAUCUGAGUACAAUAGCAGACUAUGCCAUUGAGAUGUUUGACGUUUUGGAUGAAAUCAACUAUCAGUCAUACAAUGAGUUUGUCUUGAGAGUGGGUAUCAAUGUGGGUCCAGUGGUUGCAGGGGUGAUUGGGGCACGGCGACCUCAGUAUGAUAUCUGGGGGAACACAGUCAAUGUGGCGAGCAGGAUGGACAGCACUGGAGUACCGGGGAAGAUACAGGUGACCGAAGAGGUGUAUCGCCUGCUGAAUACCAACUAUGACCUGGUGUGCCGCGGCAAAGUCAGUGUCAAGGGUAAAGGUGAGAUGCUGACCUACUUCCUGGAAGGGAAAGUUCAGGGUGUGGGCACUGUGACCACUUCUUCAGUGAUGCGUUCCGCCAGCCUGGCGCGCCGGAUCCACUCCUGUGGCAAGACGAGUGUGCCGACCAAUCUGGGAAGUGUCUCCUCUGCCGCCAGCCUGACUGCUUUUGCCAGCAUGGGCAGCAACAUGCAGAUGAACACCGCCAACAGCAGCAACAACCAAGCAACAUGCCUGCCCUCUCCUUGCGUGCCCGCAGUGGGCGAGGAGGACGAGGAGGACUUAGAUGUGACGGAGAUUAAGAUCGAGGGUGUGGCAGCUGUUGCAGACGCAGCAGUGUAGGAAUAAAGACAAGACUGGAAAGUUAAACUUCAAUUAAAAAAGGAAGGAAAACCCUGGUUGGAGGCCUAAUGAAGACAGGGCUGUCCAGGUAUUUCCUAUAAAAUCUUGAGCUACUGGCACAACCCAGAAUAUGCUCAAUCAGGAGACGAACAUACAGAGAAAUGACACAUGGUGACAAGGACAAUCAUACUCGAUUUAGGGAUUUUUCCUGCUUGCCACUCCUGGAAGACAAAUGUGGAAUAAAGAAGAGAGAAACCCAUGAUCUGAAAUCCUCUUUUAACAUGUCUAUACCAGAUGAUUAGAUUUGUGGUGUCCCUGGGUUCCCUCAGAUCCAGAUAUAAUGUGCAUCUUUGUUUUAUAUAGUACAUAUUCCAUGUACAAGGGAUAUGUGCAUUGUUAUCCAGAAAAAGACUGAUCAUGCUAUUGCUUUUGCACUGUCUUUCUGAUUAUGCCAAGGAUACAUUGCAUUAUUUACAGUGUAAAAUGGUGUUGUUUCUUUUCAGUGUAUGUAAGCAUGCAUGUGUGUACUUGUGGGUGUGUGUAUGCAUGUGUGGUUAAUUCUGAAUUGUAACGAAACAGCACAAAAUACUUUUUUAUACUCGGAGCUCACAGGAGGAAAUUGGCUUUUUUUUUUAGACAUAUUUACAGUUGAUAGUGCAUGACUUUUUAAGAGCUGAUAGCCAUAGUAACGGUACUCCUGUUGAAAGAAAACCAAAGUAUUGAGCUUUCCAUAGAUCUUUAGUUUUACUGCUUAUAUUGCCUCACCACACAAGACACACAAGAGAGAAGAGAAAAUGUUGCAGUAGGUUGAACAUACUUGGCAUAUGGGAGCCACGUCAUCGGUAGACUUAAAAAGUGUCUUUUUGAACCCCCAGAGAGACAAAAUAGGGGUUCCUGAAUACCUUCUUACAUGUGUACGAUCAACAUCACAUCAAGAACCAAUACACCCGUAUGUAUGGUUCAAAUAUACAUGUAGGCAUCCAUUAAGGCAUUCUUCCACACAGAAGACAGCACAUACAUUACUUAAGCACAUACAAUAAGCACACAACCUUUAGCCUAAGCCUUUCAAAUGCUCCAUGUACAUUGACACAUUUUCUCAAGGCCACAGAAACUUUGGUGCAGUGUCUGGCUACUGUCGUCUUUCAGGCAUACGUUGCUCUACUCCAGCUUCUUUUUGCUAUAUAUUUAAGCUACAUUUUGAGUUUUUCCUCAAAAUGAGUUGUCCUCAUAAUGUAUGAGCUUUAGCACGUCUUUCAGAUGCAGUCUCAGACAUGUGAGGCGCUUAAGAUAUCUUUAUAGCCUAUAUCUUUAUCAUCAUAGAACUUUCACUUGAUCUGCAAAAGUGUAAAUACAUCUUGUUUCAAGUUUUUGCCUUACUCAAGCUUACAGUGAUUGCAACCUGCCUUUUUAGAUAUAUUCACUUUGAUAUGCAGAUCAUACUUUUUGUAAAUAGCCAAAAGCUGUAAACUAUGUUGUAUCUUGUACAGUGUAAAGUUGGGUUAUUGAAUAUUUUGUA